GGCGGCGUCUUCGAGGUCCUUGCCACCAACGGCGACACCCAUCUCGGAGGCGAGGACUUCGACCAGCGCGUCAUGGACCACUUCAUCCGGCUCGUCAAGCGGAAGCACGGCGUCGACAUCUCCGGCGACGCGCGCGCUCUCGGCAAGCUUCGCCGCGAGUGCGAGCGCGCCAAGCGGGCGCUCAGCACCCAGCUCCAGGUCCGCGUGGAGGUCGAGUCGCUGGCCGACGGUGUCGACUUGUCGGAGCCGCUCACCCGGGCCCGCUUCGAGGAGCUCAACGCCGACCUCUUCCGCAAGGUCAUGGCGCCCGUGAAGAAGGCCAUGGCGGACGCCGGGCUGGCCAAGGGCGACGUCGACGAGGUGGUGCUGGUCGGCGGCAGCACCAGGAUCCCCAAGGUGCAGCAGCUCCUCCGCGACUACUUCGGCGGCAAGGAACCCCACAAGGGCGUCAACCCCGACGAGGCCGUGGCGUACGGCGCGGCGGUGCAGGGCGGCAUCGUGCGCGGCGACGCCAAGGAGGUUGUGGUGCUGGACGUGACUCCGCUGACGCUGGGCAUCGAGACUGCCGGCGGCGUGAUGACGAGCGUGAUCCCCCGGAACUCGCCGAUCCCGACCAAGAGGGCCAAGAUGUUCACCACGUACCAGGACAGGCAGACGACGGUGACCAUCACGGUGUUCGAGGGCGAGCGGAGCAUGACCAAGGACAACCGGCUGCUGGGCAAGUUCGACCUCACCGGGAUCGCGCCGGCGCCGAGGGGCACGCCGCAGAUCGAGGUGACGCUGGAGGUGGACGUGAACGGCAUCCUGCACGUGGGGGCGGCGGACAAGGGCACCGGCCGGUCGGAGAAGAUCGAGAUCAGCAGCGCCGGCCGCAGCAUCAGCCAGGAGGAGAUAGAGCGCAUGGUGCAAGAGGCGGAGGAGUUCGCCGAGGAGGACAGGAAGGUGAGGGACAAGGUGGACGCGCGGAACAAGCUGGAGGCGUACGUGUACAGCGCCCGGACGACGGCCGACGGCGAGCUGGGGGCCAAGAUGGACGCCGACGACAGGGAGAGGGUCAAGGAAGCGGCAAGGGAGGCCGGCGAGUGGCUAGAAGCUAACCCGGAGGCCGACAAUGACGACUACGCAGAGAAGCUCAAGGCAGAGAAGCUCAAGGAGCUGGAGGAUGUCUGCAGCCCCGCCUUUGCCGCUGCCUAGGGGAACGCCGGCGGUGGUCAUGACGAAAACGCUGAGGAGGACAACGACCACGACGAGCUUUAGAUUUUUACUACUAGGAGAUAGGAGAUUUAAUUUUUGUCUUACCUUAGUACUGGUGCAUAAGAUUAGACUUGAACUACGUACUUGCUGAUGAACGGCCAAGGUCAGAAAUCUUGUUGAUUGUUUGUGUGUUUGAUUAAUACAGUAUAAUAUACACGGUACAUUUGCUUAA